AUGCUAUAUGUGGGAACACACCUAACUGAGGAUGAGGAGGAAGCAUAUGUUUACUGGCUGAAGCUCAUGGAUACUGACCCUGAUGCUCCCCGAGUAUGCAGAGAGUUCCAACUAUGGAAGGCCUGGAUACAGACCUUAAAUGCAUACUAUCCACCUGAGGACCCUCCGCACAUGACAAUGAACUAUACCAGGGACUUGGAUGAAGCAUAUGAUGAAGCCUGGGAGGAGGAAAUGGACGAUAGGCGCCCGAUUGUGACCAGCAAUCAUAUGUACAUACUCAAAGAAGGAGUGGCUACCAGCUGCAUGGUCAUGGAUGGAGACGUGGUGCUCACAGACAAAUGGUUUGCUCUUCCUAAUGAUUCUGUGCCGCAUGUUACCCUUCUCGUGGGAUUUGGAUAUGAGGCAAGAUCUCUGGGACCAGCGGUAAAGGCAGCAAGUUGCCUACGGUGGAACAAAACCUCUUGUUACAAAGUGGAAAGCGCAUUCCUUGAGGGAAAUCAAAUAUGGAGAAUUAAACUCAAUGUGGAUGAUGUGUCGAAACCAGAGGUUGUGAGGAGAUCACGUUACCAUGGCAGGGAGAUGACUGAUCAUCCGGAUACUCCUAACAUUUUCAAUCAACUACCAGAGGAACUGUGGACAACAAGUGCUGAAGAUGUGGGGCUGGUUGAUGUAGAACCAGUGGUUGUCUCCAUUCGAAAAGAAAGUGAACACACUAUCCCAGUUCACAAAUCUCAAUACCCUCUCAGUGAAGAGAAGACGAGGGGUAUUGAGCCUACGAUAUCAGGACUCCAAAAAGGACAGGUUAUAUAUCCAACAUGUUCUGUGUGGAAUACACCCAUCCUUCCAGUAAAGAAAGGUGACACUGGGAAAUGGAGGAUGGUGCAGGACUUCAGACCAAUCAACGAAGUGACUGUACCAGAUGUUCGACCUGUACCAGACCCAUAUCUGGCCUUACAGAACAUUUCACCCACCCAAGAUUGGUUUACAGUAGUGGAUCUCGCCAAUGCAUUUUUCUGCAUCCCAUUACAUCCAGAGUCCCAACCACUUUUUACAUUUACCUAUAGAGGGCAGCAAUUUACGUAUUCCCGACUUCCACAAGGCUACCGUGAUUCCCCAGGAAUCUUCAACGCUAUCCUGAAGAGCCACUUGGAAGAACUAACAUUACCUGAGGGGGUGACACUACUCCAAUACGUUGAUGAUCUUCUGUUGGCAGCACCCACUGCUGAGUCUUGUUUGCAGGCCACCAAGUCCCUUCUCCUGUUGGUGGCCAAAAAGGGAUACAAGGUAAAGAAAGAGAAAGUGCAGUGCUGUCGGAGAAGUGUCCAGUUCCUGGGAAGAGUGCUGUCAGGGAAGGGACAAGCUGUGUCUGUGGCUCAGAGGACCUCCAUCUUGGAACAUCCCAAACCUACUACUGUACAACACCUUUUGUCAUUUCUUGGCCUUACUGGAUAUAGCAGAACGCACGUGCCAGAAUACUGUCUUAAAGUGGAACCACUGCGGGCAAUCUUGAGAGAAGCAGGAAACAGAAACCUCACGGCAGUCCUUAAGUGGACACCAGAAGCAGAGGCAGCUUUAAUCCAACUCAAACAGACGCUGGCACAGGCUGAAGCACUGUCCUUACCCGAUUACACCACGCCAUUCUGUUUGGAUGUUUCUGAGCAGGAUGGUUAUGUACAUUCCAUCCUGUAUCAGAAACAAAAGGGGGAAAGAAGAGUGUUACACUACUAUAGCGCGAAACUGGACAACAUUGAAACAGGACAGACUGACUGUGCCAGACACAUGGCUGCCAUUGCAAAAGCUAUAGGUAAAACAGCCCACAUUGUGAUGAGACAUCCACUUGAAAUCAAUACAGAUCAUGGGGUGACUGCUUUUAUAGGCUCCAAACUUUUCACACUGUCCAGUAAAAGAAAAUCCAGCAUAACAAAGGCCAUCACUGCAAAGCACAUUACAUAUGUGACAACAGCAACCAAUAUGACCGAUGGUAUGGGUCUUGGAGAACCACAUGUCUGUGAGGAUAGAGCAGCCAAACAGAUUAAAGUCCGAAUGGACUUGCAAAACUCACCCUUGGAGGGGAACAAAAUCACCCUGUUCACUGAUGGAUGCUGCUACAGGUCAAAGGACCCAAAGGAAGGAAACACUGCUGCCUAUGCUGUGGUGAAACAAGACACAGAAGGAGGACAUGAAGUAAUGGAAGCAGAGAAACUUGGUCCCAAUGAAGCCUCAGCACAGCUAGCUGAACUUAGGGCGUUGAGGAGAGCUCUACAACUAAGUGAAGGAAAGAAUGUGGACAUCUACACGGACUCUGCCUAUGCACAUGGGAUUGCACACAUUGAUGGACCACAGUGGUUGAGGAGAGGAUUUGUGACCAGCUCAAAUGAGCCCAUCAAACACAAGAUUGAAGUACAGAAGUUAAUUGAUGCAAUCCAGCUUCCCAAACGACUGGCAAUAAUGAAGUGCAAAGGUCACAGCAGAGAAAGCACCAGAGUGCGUGAAGGAAAUGAUCGGGCUGAUCAAGCAGCAAAAGACGCAGGAGGAUACAAUGCCCAGCAGAUGGUGCAACGAGCCACUCAAGGACAGGAGGAGCUGACGACAGACACAGUAAGACAGUUGCAAGAAGCAGCAGGCGCCUACGAACAGAACGUAUGGAGCAGACAGGGAGCAAGGCAAGACCAUCAUGGGAUCUGGAGAUCUCACACAGGAAAAACAGUGGGACCUGCAAAACUCCUCAGAUCAAUCUUAAGGGAAGAGCAUGAGAAGGCUCAUGGAGGAUGGAAAAGGGUCGCAAAAUCAGUUGAGAAAGCAUGGUGGCACCCACAUAUGUUGGACAUGGCAAGAGAGACAUCAGAGAGCUGUGAAGUGUGCAAACAAUACAACAACAAAGUGUCACUUGGAGCAGUGAUAGGCAGCUUCCCAAUACCUGAUGCACCAUUUCAAGACAUAUGCAUAGAUUUCACGGACAUGGGACAAGACAACAAAGUGGAAGGAAAAAGGUACCUGUUAGUAAUGGUGGACAGAUUUACCAGAUGGGUGGAAGCCAUCCCCACAGCAAGAGAAGACGCAAAGGCCGUGAUUAAGUGGCUGAGGCGAGACCUCAUUCCAAGGUUCGGGGUCCCGCGAAUGGUCCGUUCUGACAACGGUACCCAUUUCAAGAAUAAACACCUAAGGGAGGUAGAGCAGGCCCUAGGAAUCACCCACAAGUUUGGGUCAGUAUACCACCCCCAAUCGCAGGGACUCGUAGAAAGAGCUAACCAAACGCUGAAGCGUAAAAUGGCCAAAAUCAUGGCCGGAACUAAACUGAAAUGGGUAGAUGCCCUACCCCUCGCUCUAAUGUCAAUGAGAAAUUCACCUGGGUCUGAUACCCACUUGACUCCACAUGAGCUAAUGACAGGACGCAGAAUGCCAGGGCCACCAGCAGAUAAUCUUAGUAUGCCUAGGCUAGAUAUUGCAAAAAUUAGAUAUACAGACUACAUGCAGGCACUAAUUUCUCUUGUUGAAAGAUUGUCUAAACAGGUGGUGGAAGUGCGCACUCCUGCUGUUGAAACCACAGACGACAACAGAGACAUCCUGGUGGGAGAUUGGGUGAGAGUGAAGGUGCAUUCCAGGAAGUGGACGGAGCCAAGGUGGGAAGGGCCUUUUCAGGUGAAAGAGGUAUCAAGUCACUCGCUGAGGGUAAACACGAGUAAGAAGGACGUAUGGUACCACAGAACACAUUGUGCCAAAGAUAUAGUUCCAGGAAGAACUCUAGAUCAAGUACAACAGGACUUGGCUGCAGACGGGGAGGAUGUUAUGGUUAUUAGCGGGGCUGGCCCUAUGGGGAACAGUGACAUCCAGUCAGUAUCAUAA